GCGGGCGCGGGGGCGGGCGGGGAGGGGCAGGUGUUCUGCGGCCGGCGGCUGGCGGACGCGCUCGACGUGCUGUGUGAGAAUGGGCUGCUGCUGGAGAAGCGGUCGGCGCCCCCGGCGCUCGGGGGGCGCUGGUUGGCGCCCCCACGGCCCUGGCUGGGGCGGGGGCGCGCGCUGGCGCGGGGGCGCAGGCACGUGGUGGACGAGUGCUGCCUCAAGCCCUGCACCGUCGACGAGCUGGUGACCUACUGCGCCUGAACGUAUAUUGCAUAAAACUUGACUAUGUUAUUUAACUAUUGUACUGAUUAUUUU